AUGGAGCUGGGAUUCAACUGCUCUGAGCUCUGUGAUGGCAGCUCCGGUUUUGGCAGCCAGGAGCAGCAGCAGCGGGCGCUGCAGGAGCUCUGCACUGUCACGGUGACAUCUGACCGCAGUGGGAAGAGCUCCCCGUCCUUCUCUGCUGCUCUCCUGGGAGUUGUGUGGACGUUCCUGACCGGAGGAGUCCUGCUAGCGCUCUUCUUUCUUGUCUUUACAAUUCGUUUCAGGAAAAACAGGAUCGUGAAGAUGUCCAGCCCCAAUCUGAACAUUGUGACCCUGCUGGGCAGUGGCUUGACUUACACUAGUGCUUACCUCUUUGGGAUUCCAGAGCAGAGCCUGCCAUCUGGAGACUUGGAAAAGCUUAUUCAGGUGCGGCUCUGCCUGCUGUGCGUGGGGACCUCCCUGGUGUUUGGCCCCAUCCUGGGGAAAAGCUGGCGGCUCUACAAGGUGUUCACCCAGCGGGUGCCGGACAAGCGGGUGAUUAUCAAAGACCUGCAGUUGCUGGCGAUGGUGGCAGCGUUGGUGCUGGCGGAUGCCGUGUUGCUGUUGACAUGGGUAUUCUCUGAUCCAGUCCAGUGCUUCCGAAGCCUCAGCGUCUCACUGCGGGCGACAGAGAAAGGCAUGAGCUGCUCGGUGAGCCGGGUGCAGUCCUGUGCAUCUCUUUAUUCUGAUCUUUGGCUCGUUCUCAUUUUAGGGUUUAAGAGUAUCCUCCUGCUGUAUGGGACCUACUUGGCCGGUCUGACCGACAAUGUCAGCUCCCCGCCAGUCAACCAGUCCUUGACGCUCAUUGUCGGGGUCAACCUCGUUUUCCUGGCUGCUGGCACUGUCUGCUUAGUCCACCGUUUCUUCCGGACUUGGCACAACUUGCUGUUUGGUUUUACCUCUGGAGGCAUCUUCGUGUGUACAACCACAAUCAACUGCUUCAUCUUUGUCCCACAGCUCAAGCAGUGGAAAGCCUUUGAAGAAGAAAGCCAAACCGUGAGCCACAUGGCAAAAUAUUUCACCAGCCCGAGCAGGAGCUGCCGCUCGGUGUACAGUGAGGAGCAGCUCUACCAGCUGAUAGGGGAGAAAAACUCCAUGAAGCGGCUGCUCACCGAGAAAAAUGCCGUGAUUGAAAGCCUGCAGGAGCAAGUGAGCAGCGCCAAGGAGAAGCUGAUGAGGCUGAUGUCUGCGGAGAGCAGCUGCAACCCCCAUGCACCUCCGGCAGCUCCCUGCACCCGGAGUGCGGGGCAGCGUGGGGAUGCGCUGGGGGACCGCUGCCCCCCAGAUCCGGAGCGGGAUGGGUGGCAGCCUCCCCGCUUGCUGGGUACAUCACCUCUUUGCAGUGAUGCUCAGGACCUCCAGAAAGAUGUGAGCCAUGAGCCUGUUUGCUCUCGGACACUGCUUUUUGACAUGGGGGACGGCCUUGAACGUGGCCUGAAAGACACCCAGGAGCACGGGAUGCCUGCGGGGCAAGGGCAGCCUCCAGAGCAGCUGCCAGGCCAGGACAUCUCAGCUGGCGUGGCCUGGGAGUCGUCCCCCAAAGUCAGCUACGUCAGCAGUGAGAAGCUGCGGGAAAUCUUGCAGGAGCUGAGCCUGGAUGGCAAAACCUACAGCUCGGCCUUACCUGGCGGGACCUCACACGGCAGCCAGGGCCCCCCAGGCGAGCAGGGAGGAGCAUGGGGAGCCCAGGAGGGCUACCUGGGCAUCCACACGCCCCUCAGCCCCUGCCUGGCAAGGCGGCGGCGGAGGAUCCUGCUAACCCCUGCCUCCACCCGCUUCCCCGGGCACCUGUCCCCCCGUGCUGGCCGUGGGGUGAAGGAGGCGGGCAGCUGGGGCCGUGGGGAGUUGGCACAUAUCUCCCUGGGGAGGGAAGGGGAGAUGGCUGGCGGAGGGCUCCUUCACCCACCAGCACCGUCCCCUCCAGCCAUCCCUGGGGAGGGCUGCUUAGAGCCAGAGGGAUGGCCGGGAUGGCCGGAGUCCCAGGGUGCUUCCCUGUGCAUCCCGUGGGAGCAGCGGCAGCAGGGUGCCCCGAGGGGACCCGCUGAGGCCUCCCUGCGCUCACUGUACUAUUACCCGGACUCCGACUCCAGCAGCAGCAGCUCCGAGGAGAUAUUUCACGGCUGCCACCGGCCCUGCUGCAAGGUCUGCUUCCAGAGCCCGCGCGGCUCCCUGGCCAGCAGUAGCACGGACACGGACACAGAGCCCAGCAGGCACACGGGCCACCGGACAGAGCACCACAGCGGCCUCCAGCCCGUAGUGAAUUUCAAAGAAGAUCUGAAGCCCACCUUUGUGUGA